GUCCGCCUCCCCGUGGUGCAGCCUGGAUAACGCUAAAUGGACUACAACCCCUCGGGAAGACCCUUCUCUACUAUCGAACCGAGCAAAUCCGGAACCCUUUGUGGUGAUGGAUGUUAGAUCGGUGGGAAGGAAGGGACUCCUGUUCCAUUAACCAUGGAAACUUCCUUCUUGGAUCGGGACCACCCGUCCCCUUCUUAGAAAAUGAAGCAACCAAUUUACUAUAUCAAAUCUUUUUUUUCAGUUCCAGCAACAACCAGCAGAUGCAACUAAACGUUCCGGCCCCCUUUAGCUGUGGCGCUCUGGAGUUGUUUAGGUGUUUUCCCGAUGGAAAGGUCCUUUUCCUCUCCAGAAGAAACAGUCAGUCGAUUCCAUUCAUAUUCUUGUUUACGGUGAAUGCAGCAUUCUAACGAAUUGCGCUCAUUCGAAGCUUUCUCUGGCGUAAAUGAUAAUAUCGAACGAUCUUUGAACAAAGCGCAAAGCUAUUACCAUGGAAUAGCUACUUGUUCUUGUCGUUUUAGUGGUUUCCUCCCAUUUCUCUUCUAUCAACUGAAGCGUCCGAAUGAAUCAAUCCAGAUCUUGGAUCCAUGACGAUUUCGUAUCGCGCCUUCUCUAUUUCCUCUUUACUUGGUUUGAAAUAAAUUUCUGUAGUUCACUAAUCAAUAUCUUAAACAGUACUUUUCGAUUUCAUGCUUCGAUGUUGUAAAUAUGUUAUUCUAUUUAAAAUGUAACUUUAAAAUAUUUACCAUUAAUUAAAAUUUCUCAAAAUUGGUGAUCUAGGUUAUACUUAGAAUAAUUGUGAUUUCACUUCCGCUUGCGCAGUUAUGAAUUUACAAUUGAAAUAUUUAAAUGUCGACAUUUGAAGUAUGAGAGUUCUAGACAGAAAAUCUGUUGCAUCUCAGCAUAUAGAUUGAAAAACGCUGCUUUGAGUUUGUUUAGUGACCUCAAUGUUUUCUCCGGUUUGAUGCACUUGAACUGUAAGUUCAAAUACUGCGUCUUGACUGUUUUGAUGAAUGUCCAACUCACCAUUCAUAACCUCGUCGAUUUGCCUAGGUAAAAGCCUUUGCACUAUCACGUCCACUUUGUUUCUGCCUAAAAUACCUCCAGAGUCAGCAUCCGAUAAUAGGACCGGAACCUUUAGUCACAUCACAUUGACCGACGGAUUCGGAAGUCACUAAUUCUUCGAUUCUUCGUGUUUUCGUCAACAGCAUAUAAAGUGUAACCUUUAACUAGCAACCAUCCACCAUGAGUACUCCAGCUACCGAAACUAAGCCAGCUGAGGAGCAGCAGGUUCCGAAGGCCGAGGAAAAGCAGGAAACAUCCACGACUUCUACCGACGGAAAGGAAGUAGCUUCCACUGAGCCUUCCGUUGGUGCGGAGUCUUCCGCAGUGGAGGCCGAUGCCUCGAAGACCGAUGUUAAAACUGAAGCAGCUUCCGGCGACGAAGCCAAACCCGCCGGCGGAGCCGCAGAGGCCGGAGACGCCAAGGCGAAACCCGAUGGCAGGAUCCGUCUCAACGGUUCCGCUCGGAAGCGCUUCAGGUGGUUGCUAGAUCAGGGCUAUGCAAAGGAAGAAGCCGCCGAGCUGGCUAAAGAGCCACUGAAGACUAAAGAGCUUCGCGAUAGGUUCAACGCCGACACCAAGAAGGGCAAAAAACCGAAGGAUGAGAAAGUCAUCGAAGCGGAAGUCAAGAAGUUGAAUCCCGCUGAUAAGAAGCGUUUCGCAUGGUUAUUGCAAAAUGGUCACUCCGAAGAGGAAGCCCUUGAUGUGAUUAAAAAGAAGCCUGCCAAUAAUGGUCCUCUUAAGCGCAACUUGCCGACGAAUGGUGGUCCACCGAAUAAGACGAUGAAACCAUCUUCCGAUGGCCCUGCGGGCAUACCGAUGGCGGUCGCUGCUAAGGACUAUCCUGAAAAGCUCCUUACUAAUGCUCAAUCAAACGAGGUUAAGGCCGCAAUUUUGAAGGAAGUGGUACAACAAAAAGACUCCGAAACAAAGCCUCGUUUCGAGAGCUGUAACCACGUUAAAGCUGGUUAUCUCCGGGUUAAUUGCUCUGACGCAUCCACCCGCCAAUGGCUUCAUCGUAUCGUUGGAAAGUUAAGUGUCCCUGAAGGCGUUCCAUUGAAAUUAGUCUCCGAAAAGAAACUCGCUAAGAGUGAUAUCUACUUCGGUGUCUUCGCCGAUAGUAAGAAGGAGGAAAAUGCAUCCAUUUUGGAAUUUGUCAAUAGCCAGAACGAUGGUCUAGAUACCUCCAAAUGGAAGGUUCUUUCCCGCAAGGAUGGUCCAACUAAGCAGUCGAUUGAGCUGAUGUUUUCGGUGGACGCAGAAUCCACGAAAAGCAUCCGAAAACUCAACAACGAGUUGAACUAUAAGUUCAAUAAGGUUGUGCUCCGCAAGCAAUUCAACCCCAAUGACCAACAGCCACCGAAGGCUAAUAAGCAACCUGUUGCUAGAACCGGAAGGAACAUGGGUCCUCCGCAAAGAAGACCACUAAACCAAUCAAGACCGCUGAACCAAUCAAGGUCACUGAACCAAUCAAGGUCGUUGAACCAAUCCAGACCUUCGAACUCGAAUUCCUUUGUUUCAGUAUGGGACAACAAUGUGGCCCAAAAGCGCAGCUUCAAUCAGUUCGACAAUUUGUUCCCGAACUCAAGUCCUGCUGGCCGGAAUAACUGGGACACUGGACUGAACUCUUUCGGUUUAGGGAACAGUGGAAACAACGGCUUCGGAUUAGAUAAUACUUCGUUCGGAGGCAACAACUCGUUCGGAGGAAAUGAUUCUUAUAGAGAUUCCUUCGGAUCUAACUCUAACUCUUACGGCGGAUCCAACUCUUUUGGCGGAUCCAACUCUUUUGGAGGAUCCAACUCUUUUGAUGGAUCGAAUUCAUUCGGAGGAUCAAACUCUUUCGAUGAUUUCAGAAGCUCCUCUUUCGGGACCUCGGGCAACUCUUUCGGUCGAGGUGGCAGCGGUGGUGGAAACCAAUCCAACGGCAACCGCUCCAUCAGUCUGUCCAACAGUCUGUACGAUCAGCUGAAGCUAAUCGGCAGUAACGCGGGCAAUGGUGGAAACAGUUUCGGCGGAUCUUCACGUCGGACCGGUGGAAAUGGUCCUUCGCGCCGCACUGGUGGCGGAGGCGCUGGUGGCAGCAACAAUUCACGGAGUCGUAAUUCUGGCGGUAAUUCGAACUCAGGUCGUAGCGACAACCUGGGCAAACGUAGCUUCUUCACUACCACCAGGACGGGUUUCUUCUAAGGAAGAAUACAUGGUGGCGAUUGCAGCACCUACUACAUAAUUUGGUGUGAAUUUUCUUUUUAUUGACUUUCCAUAAAUCAUAAACAUAUUUGAACUACAUGCUACAUAAUAAAUGUGUACUCUGAAUGAAUAUCUGACAAGAAUAAAUAAUCGUAGUCUUAGCUAUAAA